AUGACACUCAAAUUGCUUAUGAAUUCGACAUGGGGAUAUUCCAUUAAGAAACCUCAAGAGAUGAAGAGUAAACAUUAUGAGAAGGUCGACAACUUUGUUGAAAGGUUUUCUCCUUUUGUUUUGAAGUACGAAUUCACUCAAGGUCAAAGUGGCUUAGUAACCACAUUAAAACCUAUUGUCGAACAUUGGUCUUACCCUCAGUUCGCAAAAGCAGUCCUUGACAACUACAACAAAUUCUUCUCCGAAGUCAAAUCGAAAGUUGUGGUUUACUAUGAGAACAUUGACGCACUCAUGACGAACGAAGAAGGCUAUAACAAACUCAUUGAAAUGGGCAUGGUCGGUGAAAAGAUGGGCUGUUUUAAGCUAGAUAAGGUAUUUUCCGAAGUUCAUGUAAUAUCGAAAAGGAAAUAUUGGGGUAUACUUGAAGACGGCACAGAAAUAAAACAUUGCAUGAAAUAA